CUAUAAAGAUCAUUGUACUUCAACAUAACAGAACAUUUUUAAAGUUAACAUAGAAAUGAGUACAGAAGUCGUCCAAGUAGAAUUGCACGAUUGUGUAUGCAUAUGUGCGCUAGUGUAUUCUAACCCGGGCAACAGGUGAAGGGAACAAGCGUUUUUGUUGACACAUUGAUCAGAUUUCACUGAUGGGUGUGUACGUGUUUUUGUAACUACUUAAUUUAAGUUCACGUGGCACUUUCACAGGCUCAAACUCAUUCGCAUUUGUUUUCCCAGAAGCUGCAAAAGUCUUGCAAUUGAAUGGAUAUUGCUCAUCCUUUCAUACACAAUACCUUGUUUCCAAUUAGAAUACCACAAAGAUAUUCAUUUGGAGCAGUCCAGGCAUGUUCAAAAUGAAGCAGAUGAGUCACAAACGUAUUUAAGAGGCUGCUAUUGCAUCAAACAUGCGUAAACCUUUGAAGAAGGGGGUGGAAAAAGUGUUUACACGUGUAGUCAAGCUUAUAAGAGAUGAGUUAUUGUCAGAAAUUAAAUCACACCCUGUCUUUUGGUUAAAAUGCACUUAGGAACUAUUGGCUUGCGUGUGUAAAUAAAUUGACUUGUUUUACAGUUAUUGCAGCACAAAAAGCUUUCUCACAGGGUUAUUGACAAACGUGCAUGUAGCAAUGUAUCAUCACCUUGACGUCCAUCUCUCUACCUGUGGCCUAAUCAAUCAAGAGCAUCUGUCAUGGACACUUAUUGAUAUUUGUCAUUUUUUCCAGCUCAAAUGCUUCACCUGUGUUAUAAAAAGGGGAGCUGUCAGUAGACGUUUGCUAGGUGGUCAUGUCAGGGAACAGGAUGGUAGCGUUUGCGUUGGUGUUUGUUUUGCUCGUAUGUACUGCUGCUGCUGCUGCAACUGGGAGCAAAACAGUUGAGCGGUUCCAAGCUGGGAGGGAGGAAGCAAAAAGCGCUGCAGGCAGACAGGAGCCUCUGCCGCCACGCACGGUGAGACGGGCACACCUUUCCGAGGAUGAGCGUGUCAUUAUGGCCAAACAAAUCAUGCAAGCAAUCUCAGAGAUGGUGAACUCCGACUGCAUGAUGGACCGUGACUAUCAGGGCUGGGUGGAUUUUGGACGGCGGGACGCUGAAUGAAAGCGGGCCGGCCGCCGAUGCUGCUGCUGCUUCUGUGUUCAACAAAUGCUUUUGCCUUGAGCUGUUGUUGAUUUAAUACUCUUGCAAUGCCAUGAAUAAAGUUUUUUGCAAAUUCAA